GAGUGACAGUCAAGUCCAGUUCUGCCUACUUUGAGCUCAUCACACAUAUAACGAACUUACUCCGUACCCGUAGUUAUUGAACUACCUAGUACUGUGUAAACCCGCCUCUUCCUCUCCCACUUUCACCUCCACUUCUCUUGCUGCCUUCUCUCCUCUCUUACCCCCGCCCAGCCCAGUCCAGCCAGCCUCCCUCGUCAGCGGUCUAGUGGAGAUCUAUUCAUAGCCCACCCAAAACUAGCCCUUUUACCGCUCAAUUCUUCUUAUUCGUUUCGUUCCUCCCUUCUCCUCAACUUCCCUUCUUCGUCUGAACACUCCUAGCAACUAGCUACUACUCGAUCUCGUCGAGGUCACCAAAAACGAACGCCAUUGUCAUAAUUUGAACACAGCACAUACAUAGCUAUCUGUCCUCAUGGCUCCUCCACCUCCCUCCAAUCUUCCCUUGACUGAGAGGCUCAAGGCUCUUGCUCAAACAUUGCAAUUCGCCUGGUUCGUUGGACAUGUGACAUUGUUACUCUCCGUCCUACGCUAUUUCGUUUCUUACAUCACAUUCAACUAUUACUCCAAUUCGGCCCAAGUCUCUUACCGCCUGGCAUUCUUGUCCGCUGCUGCGACCUACGGAAUCGUGGUGUAUAAGGGUCAUAUUGCUCGCGGCCGCCUCCAGGGUAGUGCUCCUAACAUUGCAAUUAAGCUUGCUGGUGAUGAAAAUGUUCAGUACCUCGGCACUGCGUUGGUGUGGCUCUACUCGCGCCAGGUGUCGCUCGCCUUGCUGCCCUUCACCGUCUACUCCGUCUUCCACGUUGCGACUUACACCCGCGCUCACCUGAUCCCCACCCUCCAGGGCCCUCAGGCUACUGGCACUUCGGGAUCGCCUUCCUCUCCUAGCUCUGCCGCCAGACAGUCUCCCUUGUCGGAGACUAUCGGCCGGUUCGUGAAGCAAUACUACGAUGCCAGCAUGGACCUUGUUGCGCACCUCGAGAUGGCUCUGUUGUUCCGCUUGGGUGUGGCUGUCCUCACCUUUUCGAAGGGAAGCAUUGUUCUCUUCGCCAUCUAUCUGGCUUUCUUCCGCGCCAGAUAUUCCCAAAGCUCUUUUGUUCAAGGCUCCGUCCGCCAUUUCACUGCCAGAGUUGAUGCCUCGGUUUCGCACCAAAGCACUCCCCCUGCUGUUCGCCAAGGAUGGGAGUCUUUCAAGGCUGUUGUGCGCCAAGCUUACGAGGCCACCGACCUUGGCCGUUUGAGCGGCGCGACUGCUAAGAAGCCCCAAUAAACGCCAAUUCGCAUGAGAUAGACGCGACUUCUCAGGAUGCUAGAUAGAUGUGACAAAAUUGUAUCCUAUGGCUGGGCCAUGCCUGGGAGGCACUGUCUGCUCCGACUGUCGGCUAUUGUGCUUUGAUGAAAAGUGAAUGAGUCAAUGACUAAUUUCUUUGACAGCGUUCCGAGGGUAAUGGUCGCUUUUUGAGAUUUGGAGACUGUGGAUGGUUUUGGUGAUGCUGAAUGGAGGGUGGAACUAGGGAGGAAAUGUAGCCUAGGUGAUAGGCGCAAGCAUGGAUUUUGUUUUCCACAUCAGUUAAUCAGCGCGCUGCGAAGUUCUACGCGCUAUGUCUAGUGUUUUUGCUUUAUGUACUUGCGUCCUGUCCCUUAUAUACUUUGUUCCUGCAACGCGACAGUCAUGUGAUGAAUGCGAUGAGCUUUGCUUUUAUUUGCAUUAGUUGCCCUGUAGCAGGUCUGUGAUUUGACUGACGCAGAGCAGC